AUGCCUAUGGUUGUGCCCAAGCAUGACCACUGUGAUUCAAUCCCUCUUGAGGAAGGCAGUCAACGCUCGCAUUCCAUCUCACCCGACAGAUCAAUAGAAGCCAACAAACACCGAAAAGAUAGUCUGAAUACGACUGAGUUCGGAAACUUGAGCAUGCUAUUUUUACUUUAUUUCAGCCAAGGUAUUCCUGCUGGUCUUGCGGGAGCAACCAUCCCAACCAUUCUCAAGCGGUUCCUCCCCUACGGGGAAGUUGGAAUGUUCACCUUGACGGUUUAUCCCCACUGCCUAAAGCUCAUCUGGGGCCCAAUUGUUGACUUUUACUGGAGUGGUCGUGUUGGACGACGUUUGACUUGGAUACUGCCGACGCAGUUGUUAAUGGGCCUUGCCAUGGUGGCAAUUGGGGUGUGGACUACCUUUUACUUUUCGGAGAUCGAACGUUCCGCAAAGACUAGUCAAGGGUUGCUAUACGUUCUAGCCUGGGUAUUGGUAUCGACACUAUCCGCGAUUCAAAGCUGUGUCACUGAUGGCUGGGGUGCCCAUACCUUGGGCAGCAUUUCCGGUGCCUUCACUGCUUAUAGCCUUUUCAUGUUUGUUUAUGAACCUAAACUAUCGGUCCCGGAUCAAGCUGCCUCGGCGUUGGGAAACUUUGUCUCUCAUUGGGGUGUCUUCUAUCUUGCUACUGGUGCUUUACUCCCGCUUUUGAAGCAAGAAGAUGCCGAGUCAAAGGAUGUGAAGCGCUCAAUUAUAAGCGCGUAUCAAGCCAUUGUGUCAAUCCUUCGUCUUCGACCAAUACAGAGAACAGUACUUGUUCAUCUACUGGCCAGACUUGCGUUCGAAGUGAACGAUGGUGCGACUGAUCUUAAAUUGCUUGACAAAGGGUUUGGAAAUGCGAACCUGGCCAUGUUGGUUCUUAUCAUAAUGCCAUUUGACCUUGCAUCGGCACAUUUGGGCGGUGUUUUCAGUAAAAAAUAUCAGCCUUUGCGUGUUUGGAGUGUCACAUACUCCAUCCGGCUUUUCUCAGUCGUGAUAGCGGCACUGGUUGUUGCGCUGGGCCCCGACGGCCCACCAUCUUCAUUUUACAUCUUUGUAGUGUUCAUCCAACGGAUGUUUUCAGUUACCUCAGCGACCGUUAUGUUCACAACAUUCCUCAACUUCCAUCUACGAGUGGCGGACCCGGUCGUGGCUGGUACAUAUAUGACCAUUCUCGCGACGUGA